AAUGAUAAGCACAAACAUGGGAUGCAUGGGGCUGCAACGGUAAGCGCACUGCAGAGACAGGAGACGGUCUUCUUGCAAAGCAGAAAAGGUAUGAGCAGGAAUUAGAAGAUGCAAGCGUACCUGAUGAACAAGUAAACAGUGCUGGAGAAGAGAAUUUGAACCUCAGAGUAGAAGAGCUGGAAAAGUCGGAGCAAAAACUGAAAGGUGUUCUAGAGGACUACGUGGAGUCAAAUACUGUCCUAAGAAAUAGGAUGAAAGAGCUGGAGCUGUCACACAAAACACUUCUUGUGACGAUGGAUCAACUAAAUAUGAAGUUGCACCAGAUUGAAAAUGCAGAUGUUCGUAUUAAAGAGAAACUGCGAGGCAUUCGGGAGGACCUGAUCAACUUGGUUGAAAACCAAAAAAAGUCAGAGAAGAAGCAAAAAGAAAAAUUACAUUGGCUUCAGGAGCAGCUGAAGACAAAAGAAGAUGAAUUAAAGCGCCAGUCAGAGUAUUUUGAGCACUACAAACAAAAUCAGAGACAACAGACAGCAGUGCUGAGAGAAAGGGAAUGUUACCUUCGGGGUGAGGUAUCCAGGCUGGAAAAGCAAGUCCUAGAUCUUAGUGCCCAUAUUGUUCUUUUGACAUCCGAGUUAGAAGAGGGAAUGGUGCAGUAUCUCCAGCAGAAGCUGGAAUCAGCAUUCAGUGGGACUCAGAGCUAUAAACACCCCGACGUGGAAGUAAUGGAACUGAAAACUUGCAUUGAAAAUGUGGAGCACGACAUGAAAAGCCACCUUGAGACUUUUCAGCAAAAUCUGAAGUUCUUAAGGGAAAAAGAGGAGGACAAAAGGAGAGAACAGGCAGACCUGAUGACUGAACUCCAGUGCUCUCAGGACACUGAAGCCUUUCUCAGAAGAAAAUUGGAAGAAUCUUGCCAUCAUGUUUAUAGACUGAAAUUAUCUGAAAUCAAUCUACAGGAAGAAAUGGAAGAGCUUUUGGAUGAAAAUAGGGCUUUAAAAGAUCAAGGUAGGGUGAAGUUGAAAAAGAAGAAAGAAAAGGACGCACGAUUUACAAGAUUGGAGAACAGAGACAACAGUGUUGACUGGAAUGCAGAACUAAUCCAGGAUGACAUUCAAAAUUGGAAAUGGGGAGCAGUUGUGGAUUCACUCAGAAGCAAAGCUACUCAAACUCCGGUUGUGCUGCUACAUGCUAAAGAGUCUGAAACACCAGGCUAUAGCUGUGAUGGGCUAAAGCAGAUGGAGGAGCUACCAGAAGAACUUCUACCAGUUUUGCAACACAAUUCCAAUGCCUAUGCAGAAGUUGCAGGUCUAGCUGAGAUUGAGCAGGUCACCUUUGGAAUGAAGAGGGCAGGUACUCUAGAAGACAGUUUCACUUUGUUCAGAUGUACCCCAAGUUAUUGUGGAGCAAGACUGCUUCCUUCUUGCUCUGAGAAUUUAACUAAUGAUGAGACAAGUAAGGAAACCAAAGAUGAAGAAAACUUUUCUCUCUUGAAGGAACAAGCUAUAAAUCUACCAGCAAAGAUGUUCCCUGUUUCUGUGAUUGAAGUUUUGAUGAGGAAGAAGCCCAAAUUUACCUUGUUAGAACCUGAAAGCUACCACAUAUCAGCUGUCACCUCUGUAAAGAAAGUGAGGAGUUUGGAUUUCUGUGAGGCAAAUACCACUCUUUGCUUUGAUGUCCUCUGCCUUGUUGCAGAAGGAAGAUUUUCUGACAAAGCUUCUGCACUUCUUUGUGGAAAAAUACCUUGCACUGUAACUGAAAUUUUCACAUCAUCUCUAGAAAAAUACAGCAUGGAAAAACAUUGGGAAAACAAGAAAAUUCUGCCAAAAAGCCUAGGUGAAAAUGAAUGCCUGGAUAAAGUUGUUGAUGAUGGAAAGUAUCAUCAAAUCUUUAGAGGGAGAGCUAAAGGAGAAGAAAUACAGCAUGAGAAAGCCCAACCACAGCAGGUGACCUGUGUUCCUGAGGAAAGUUCUGAGAUUUUAAAUAAAACUGAAUUGAUCAGGCCUGGGAAGCAAGGAAUGGAAACCAAAGACAGACUGGGUAGCCCACAGAGUGUCCAAAAUUUAUCUGUUGAUUUUAAAGACUUAAAGAAGCAUUUUGAAGGGAACCCUCAACCAAUGCAGAAACAAAGAAACCCCUUAGAAAUCUGCACCUCUGAUGUGAAUAGGGUAUAUAAUGGAGAAAACAUGAUCAAAAUGGAGGCGAUAGGAGAGCAACCUCAGAAACCACCCCACCAAGCAAACCCUUCCAGCAAUAUUGGCCUGAAAAAAAAGAAAGACCAGACCCUGAAACUCUGUGAGCCAAACGAGAAGAACUUCUCAUGUCAAAAAAUAGCUGCUGAAAACAUGCAAUAUGCAUCUCAGAAUUUUUUUUUGUCAGAGGAAGAGAGGUAUCCACUAAACACAUCGUCUCCUGUGCAGGAGAGGGCUUUGUGCUUAAACAAACUGUUCCUGCCAGGGAGCAAUUUUUAUGAGUGUUUUUGUCAUCUGUCACCACUGGAAGCUGGUAGUGAACAUAAUGUGAAAAUACAUGCACUGGAAAAAGCGGUGACUGUGUGUUCUCAGAGGAUAUUUCUACUGAUGCAAGAGAAUGAAAAUUACUCAAAAAAAGUCAGUAUAUUACAACAGGAGAAUGAGAGAUAUGCUCAGAUGAUGUGUGCACUGGAAGAGGAGAUGGAUGCAUAUUUUCAAUACAUUUUAGCAGUAGAUGAAGUUAACAUUGUUUCAUUCCAAAACUUACUUAAUGAGAAAGAAGUUGCUGGUGGAUGUUUUAAUGACUUACCAGAAGAAAACAUCAUGAGCCCAGGAGCAUUUUUUGUUGAAAUCUUCUCUAAGAACCUUUCAUGUGUUGCAGAGAAAAAUAAGAAUUCUGAAAAUGACUCAUUGACAAUUGCAUCAAAAAAACUUCCCAGGAGUGUUUUAUCCCUGGAUGGAAGGAAAACGAGAUAUUUUCAGCUGCUUUCUGACCUGAAAGAAGAAAGAAGCAGAUGCUUCAAAGAAAUAGCUAAAUUAUUACAAGAAAAGGAGAACUAUGUAGCAAAAUAUAAUGAACUAAUACAAGAGAAAGAGGGAAAUUUACACAGAAUAUCUCUUUUAGAAGGUGAAAAAGAAACUUUAUUGGGAAGUUUGGCAGAGGUAAAGCGUGAACAAGACAAAUACAGUACCGUGGUUUCAGAACUUCAAGAGUGCAAAACCAGCUGUUAUCAAACUAUUUCUGAUUUACAGGAGGAAAAAUGUGUGCUGAAAAGAGAGAUGGACAGGAUCAAGAAAGAAACUUCAGAACAGCUUGAUGAAUUUCAGAAAGCCAAUGCAAACUUUAUUUUAGAAAACAGAAAAUUGAAAGAAUUUCUGUCUUCUUUGGGUUUUACCUAUGAAGACCUGAGAAAAGAUAAAAGUUCGGGAGCAAGGGGAAAGAUAGUAAAACUAAAAGAAGAAAGUCAACAACAUAGUCUUAAGCCAAAGAAAGUUGAAACAGCAUGUAGUGUAACUCAGACUGAAGAAGAAGGAGUUCUGGUUAUAGACCCCUCAAACUAUUUCCCUGGAAAAGAGGGCAGCAUCUUUGAAAGCUACAGUGUGAUGAAAGAGCAAGUCAAAAAGGCGAAAGAAGAACUAAAAAUACAGCAAAAGGAAUUACAAAAAUCAAGAAAAGAGGUGACGAGUUGCACAGCCAUUCGUGGUUGGCCAGAACUUCAAGUGAAGCUGCAUUCCCCCAGCAUGCUUUGACAGAAGCUGAGUGCUUAAUAAAGACACCCAGAACGAACUACCUGCUGUGGCCAUCCCUGGGCCAGCUGCUUCCCUCCCCCUCACUACGAGUGAGGAGGAGUAGAAUGCAGUAGAAGCACAGAGGACUAUGGCAAACCUGCAUUGAAAGCAGUUUUUGAAUGAGAGGCAAAAUAAUAUAAAAUCUGAUACUGUCGAGGGGUCUUGCUAUGCCCAGUGAUGGUGCAAAGCACACAGACUGCCCCUCCUCUUGACAUCUAUAUUGUAAACACAAAAAGUCCAACACCACUUACGUGGAAACUUGUUUGGGUGGCUAGUUCUGUGCCUGCAUGAAGGAAAUCUGCAGCCAGAUUUUAAUACCAGCCAAGGAAGCUUUCAGUGUUGUGCCUUUCUGAAUGCGUUAGCUUUCACAUUCCUAUUUUUUAUUGAAGAAUCUCCACUCGAUGCUUAUCAAAGCAGAAGUAUUGCUUUUUUGGCAAGCGUAUAUUUAUGGGGCUGUUUCAUGCAAUAACAGGCAUUGCUCAGACUCCCUGUGGAAAAACCACUGGCAGGAAGAAGUGUGUCGAGCAUGUAAAAGAGCAGUAGGAUUGCACAUGGUGGGUGUACAAAAUGGUUGUCCUUUGACAGCUGCUUUACAAGGCUUCCCAGAUUUCAGGUGAGGCCACUGGAAUGAAGGAAUAGAUUUGGAUGCGUGUUGGAUGGUUAGGUGAGGACUUCUGACCUUGUAAUUGGAAUAUGAAGAGAUCAUUUGAUUUUUAUUUAUUUUUAUUAUUAGCUUAGAUACUUUUAACCUUUUAUGUGUUACAAGGAAGCUGUGUCUUACAACACCUUCCCCAGUUUACUUAAAAGAAUGUGAAGCCUUUGCUUUCAGAAGGGAGAAGCAGUGAUUUCUCAGAUGAGGGAAGGAGCUUGCUGUUGGGCAACAAGCUGAUCUACUGAGUGGUUUUUUGUGGUUUUCUUUUUUUUUUUUAAAAAAAAAAAACAAACCUACAGUUGAUGUGUGUAAGUGGAGAAAAUGCAUCCUAGAAGAAAUACAAAGGUGGGGAGGUUUUUUUUCCCACCUUUGCAUUUUUCAUUUUUUAUAUUUGUCAGGAAGAUUUUUUCCCAUAGCUGAUAAAAUCUUACUUUCCAUUUGCUCUGAGAGCUUUCAAAGAAAAUUCUGAAAUUGUGACUGCAUUCACAACAUUCAUUCAAGAUACCAUCAAAUUUAGAAAGCAGUUUAAAAAUUAAUCUAUUUUUCUGCAUAGCUCUAGUUACGGAUGUUUCUACAGGACUUACUUUAAAGUCUUACUCAUUUCUUAUAAGAAGAUUAUAGUGUAUUGUGUAAUUCCAUUUAUUUUAAUCAAUUUACAACAAUUUAAGACUUGUGAUGUGGAGAUCAGACUCAAGUCCAUGGUUGUAAGCUCGUAUUGAGAAAUGCUACCACUGGUAGACUAAUUAUACUCAGUAAUUUUGCAUUUUUAUUCUUCCUGUUAGGCUCAGAAAUGGUACAUAGAACUUGGCUUUGCUGAAACAAGAUACGAAGAAAUCAAAACUCAUUUGACACAAACUCUCUCAGAAUUACACCAUCUUAAACAAGAGGUUGGGGACAAAAUGCUUGGAAAGCAGCACUGCAAAUUAACGGUAGCUCUGUGUCUUGAUAAAGUUUUUACAUCUUCCACCAAAAAGAAGUGUUUUGUGGAAAGAUUUUAAAUUAUUGAAUUAUCUCCUGGAAGCAGCUUUCAUAAAGACUUUUCAGCCAGCCUUGAAAUUAUUUCUGUCCUCGUUGAUAGGGAAACUGUGAAGAAGAAACAUGCAAC